AUGCGAUCGAACUCACAGUUCAAGUUCCCUUUUUCGAAAACAGGUCAAUGGGCCUUGCUCAAGAAGAUCCUGAGGUGCUACGCAGUACCUCGGGUCGUCUUGACCGAGAUUUUGCGGCUGGCUGAAAACGAACCGGCGUCCUGGUCAGCCAGCGUGCUGCGCAAAGAGCAGCAACUGGGACUACCAGUGCUCGGUAUUGAGACCUCGGUCCUUUCUAUCAAGCAUAUCAAGGCUAAGUUGCACUAUCACGCUGUGACAGUUGUCCUUCCUGCUGUCCGCGCGCGUGAGCAGGCAAAUUGGCACUCCUGUUCAAAAGCCAUCCAGCACUGGUUAGGCUACUCGAAGCUGAGUUGGACGUGGCAGAACGCGGGAUUCGCAUCUCCGAUGCCCAAGCUUGGGCUCAGCUUAAACUUCAAGCUGCUCUUGGGCCUGCUGCUCCAUGCAGAUUUUGUUCCACGAACCUCUUGGAUGAUAUCGAGCAUUAGUUUUUUGACUGUGAUGUGGCACUGCGCUGAUGCUCGGAGGUCAGUCGGCAGCAAUCGGAAUGAUGCUUGGAGUGUCACUCGAUGGGUGCGGGCGUCAGGCGAGCUCCUACGACACCUGGACAAGCGCUGA